UCUCAGCUAGGGUUCUUCCACUACCAAUACAGCCUAGAAGCUUUCGCAUCCUCUAGGGUUUUUUCUGAGCGUCUGGGUAGAUAGAUAUACACUCCAAGAGCGAGAGAAGAUUACUUUGGCUAUACUUUAGGACAAAUACAGACCUGAAUUUGUUGUGAAAAUGAGGCCGAUACUGAUGAAAGGCCACGAGAGGCCACUGACGUUCCUCAAGUACAACAGGGACGGCGAUCUUCUUUUCUCUUGCGCUAAAGAUCUUAGUCCCACAGUAUGGUUCGCUGACAACGGAGAGCGCCUAGGCACGUACCGCGGCCAUAACGGCGCCGUAUGGUGCUGCGAUGUCUCGAGGGAUUCCAUGCUGCUCAUUACUGGGAGUGCCGAUCAGACUGCAAAGCUGUGGAAUGUUCAAACUGGAGCACAGCUUUUCACUUUCAAUUUUGAUUCUCCAACCAGAGCAGUAGAUUUUGGUGUUGGUGAUAAGCUUGCAGUCAUCACCACGGACCCCUUUAUGGAAUUGCCUUCUGCUAUUCACAUUAAGCGCAUUUCCAGGGAUCCUAGCGAACAGACUGGGGAUUCUGUGCUUACACUCAAGGGCCCCCAGGGAAGAAUAAAUAGAGCUGUUUGGGGACCUUUGAACAAAACUAUUGUAAGCGCCGGUGAAGAUGCUGUAAUUCGUAUAUGGGAUUCUGAGACAGGAAAAUUGCUUAAAGAGUCUGACAAGGAAAUUGGUCACAAGAAAACAAUUACCUCUCUCUCAAAGUCUGCAGAUGGCUCACAUUUCCUCACCGGUUCCCUAGAUAAGUCUGCUAAGCUUUGGGACACCAGAUCAUUAUCACUUAUCAAGACCUAUGUGACGGAACGACCAGUCAAUGCAGUUGCCAUGUCUCCACUUCUGGAUCAUGUGGUCCUUGGAGGUGGUCAGGAUGCUUCAGCUGUCACAACAACUGACCACCGUGCAGGGAAGUUUGAAGCCAAAUUCUACGAUAAGGUUCUUCAAGAGGAAAUAGGUGGCGUGAAAGGUCACUUCGGACCAAUAAAUGCUUUGGCAUUCAACCCAGAUGGUAAAAGUUUUUCAAGUGGCGGUGAAGAUGGCUAUGUCAGGUUGCAUCAUUUCGACCAAGACUACUUCAAUAUCAGGAUUUAACUCCACAGUUGCAAUGGAGGUGUAGGCGGGGAGGACUUUCUUUUACCAAGUUACUUUAUGAUGUACUGGCAUUGCAAUCGACCUUCAUGGCUUAUUUUUUGUAGGGAGAAAGGCUAGAAGUUUUUCGAGUGUGAAAUGUCAACACUAUUUUAUACCAGCGUUUGCCAUCAUGGAAUGACUUGCAUGGCCCUUUGUUUUCAUGCAUCUACUUGUGUUUCAACAGUGAUUCGUUACAAAAAAAAUUAUGGGUGGUUCAUCUAAAAA